CGCACGCAGCUUCCACAGAUCUACACAUCAUGUGCACCGCUGCUCUGCGAUGCUAUCCACACUCAUGAUGUCUUGUAGCUCAUAUUAAAGCGCAGCAUUGUCUCACCACCGCUCUGUCCUCUGCAACAGCUCUGCUUGCUGAAGUUCUCUUCAGUGUCUUUUGGGCUUUAAGAGCAGGAAAAAGAGACACCAGACACUCCACAAUGGCAGCAAUUCUCCUCAGGUCCUUUUUGCACAAGAAGGUCCCAUGCCAGCUGGGUCGCAUGUGUUACUCCUCCUCCUCAGUGCCCACCACCAAGCUGUUCAUCGAUGGCAAGUUCGUUGAGUCCAACAGCUCCGAAUGGCUUGACAUUCACAACCCUGCCACUAAUGAGGUGGUGGGACGUGUUCCCAAAGCUACCCAGGAGGAGAUGCUGGCAGCCGUGGACUCCUGCUCCAGAGCCUAUCAGCCCUGGGCCGAGACCUCCGUCCUCAGCAGGCAGCAGAUCUUCCUGCGCUACCAGCAGCUCAUCAAGGAUAACAUCAAAGAACUGGCUAAAUUGAUCACCUUGGAGCAGGGCAAAACGCUCGCUGACGCAGAGGGAGAUGUAUUUAGAGGACUUCAGGUGGUUGAGCACGCCUGCAGCAUUACAUCCCUUAUGCUGGGGGAGACGUUACCUUCCAUCGCCAGGGACAUGGACACUUACACCUACCGCCUGCCCAUCGGCGUAUGUGCCGGUAUCGCCCCGUUUAACUUCCCUGCCAUGAUUCCUCUGUGGAUGUUCCCCAUCGGCAUGGUCUGUGGCAACACCUACCUGAUGAAGCCCUCUGAACGGGUCCCAGGGUGCACCAUGCUCCUGGCCAAAUUGCUCCAGGACUCCGGGGCACCAGAUGGUACACUCAACAUCAUUCACGGCCAGCAUGCAGCGGUGAACUUCAUCUGUGACCACCCGGCCAUCAAAGCCAUCAGCUUUGUGGGCUCCAACACGGCUGGAGAGCACAUCUACGAGCGGGGAUCCAAGAACGGCAAGAGAGUGCAGUCCAACAUGGGUGCCAAGAACCAUGGUGUGGUGAUGCCCGAUGCCAACAAAGAGAACACCAUCAACCAGCUGGUGGGUGCUGCCUUCGGAGCAGCUGGCCAGCGCUGCAUGGCUCUCUCCACUGCUAUUUUUGUCGGGGAGUCUCGUGAAUGGCUCCCAGAGCUGGUGGAGCGCUCCAAAUCGCUGCGCAUCAAUGCAGGUGAUCAGCCUGGGGCAGAUGUGGGUCCCCUGAUCUCUCCUGAAGCCAAGGCCAGGGUGGAGUUUUUGAUCCAGAGUGGGGUGGAUGAGGGUGGCAAGCUGCUGCUGGACGGGAGAAAUGUCAAGGUCAAAGGAUAUGAAAAUGGAAACUUUGUAGGACCCACCAUCCUGAGCAGCAUUAAGCCGAACAUGAAGUGUUACAGAGAGGAGAUCUUUGGACCAGUGCUUGUCGUCCUGGAGGCUGACAGUCUUGACGAAGCGAUUUCUUUAAUCAACAGCAACCCCUACGGCAACGGCACCGCCAUCUUCACCAACAAUGGAGCCACAGCGCGCAAAUACACACAUGAGGUGGACGUCGGCCAGAUUGGAGUGAACGUGCCAAUCCCUGUCCCCCUCCCCAUGUUCUCCUUCACUGGCUCCAGAGGCUCAUUCAGAGGAGACACCAACUUCUACGGCAAGCAGGGCAUCCAGUUCUACACUCAGAUCAAGACUGUGACAUCACAGUGGAAGGCUGAGGAUGCUACUGUGUCGACCCCAGCUGUUACCAUGCCAACCAUGGGACGCUAAGUUGACCGCACAUCCAGCGUAACCUUCAGAGACUUCUCAUAUGCCUUAAGAAGAAACCGAUGGAUGGAAUUGGAAAAAAGGUUACAUGUCUUUUUUUUAGAUAUAUAUUCACAUUGGGGAUCAUUAGUUGGUGAUUGUUUUAACUUAUCCGGGAAAAUGUUGUUGCACAAACACACACACAUGCAAAUAACAGCUCAUUCUGAGACAGGGAAGAUGAGCUGGACUGAUGCAAUGAAUGGUGCUGAGAGUUUUUUUCAUGGUUACCUGUUCUCUCCUGUUCAUGUCCUGUCCUCACCGGGUGGAUCAUUUUCAUGAUCUGUUGUGUCCCCUUGUGUUUUUUUUUACAGUAGAAAACAAAAUAAUCAGGGAUUCUGUCCUUUUUAAAGCAGUGACCGCAAAUGUCUUCCACCAUUAUCCUGUGUUCCUUAGCUUGCUCUGUUUAUCAGAGCAUUAUGUAGAUAUAAAUGGAGCAAAUGCUACAAUAUAUUAGAACAAGAGCACACCCAAGUAUUUUACUCAACUGACAUAGUUACAACUGACAUAAUGGCUGAAGUUCUCGUCCCUCUAAAUGUGUAUCAAACUGUCCAGUGUUGGGAUUAAGGUGUUUUCUGUGUCUGAUAGAGGUCCACGGUUUUGUACUGUAUUGUCGAAGUGAUACUUUUUUCUGGUCACAAUCAAAGGUAUAAAAGUGAAAUUGCAGUGUUUUACGUGACAUGGACUUGACAUCUGAUAUUCUCUAUAAACCGUUAUCAUGAAACGGAACGUGCUAGACAUAUCUCCAUCCAAAAUGAUUGAUCUACUUCAAACUUUGUCCCCUUGACUUCUUCUUUAGGUCUUGGGGUUGAAAAUUUAAGUGAUGACAACAAGAGUAUUUGAGUCUGUAGUUAAUGGUUUGAAUAAAGACACUGUAAUUUGACUAAA